AUGGAUGCAGUAUCAAUUGAGUUAAUAACAUCUUAUGUUGUAUUUUAUACCUCAUACGUAAUACUUGUUUUGGGUAAUAUUGGAUGUAUAUGUAAUUUUAUAACUUUUACAACAAAACAAUUACGUCAAAGCUCUUGUGGAUGGUAUUUUUUAAUGUCUGCUCUUUUUGAUUUUCUUUGUAUCAAUUUCGGUCUUUUCACAAAAUUAGAAACCGAACAUUAUGGCAGCACAUUACAAGAUACAAAUCGUGUCUGGUGUCGAAUACGUAUAUUUUUUACAUGGGUAUUACCAUGUUUUGCAACAGGGUAUCUUGUUUUAGCUUCGAUUGAUCGAUGUUUAUCAACAUCAACAAAUACACGACUUCGAUCAUUUAGUCAAAUUAAAGUUGCACAUAGAAUGACAUGGGUACCAAUUAUCUUGUAUACUCUCACAACUUCUCAUCAAUUUUUUUAUUAUGAUCUUCGACCAACUUGUAGUCCAUUACCCGGUACUUAUGUAUAUUUUCUUUCACUGUAUAGUAUUAUUUGGACAAGUUUAAUUCCACAAAGUGCUAUGCUUAUAUUUGGUUUGAUUACAUAUUAUAAUGUUCGAAAGAGUCAUAAACGUGUUGUUCGUCUAUUAGAACAACAACGAAAUCGAACUGAUUCUCAAUUAAUUACUAUUACAUUAGUUCAAGUGUUAUGUAGUUCAAUUUUACUUAAUAUUCGAACAAUCUAUUUUUCAUAUAUAAGAUUUUCAACUGGAAUUACAAGAGAUAAUUACCGUUAUGCUGUUGAAACAUUAAUUUUACAAAUAUCAAGUUUAAUAUUUUAUAUAAAUUUCAGUAAAAGUUUUUUUAUUAAUACUUUAGCAAGUAAACUUUUUCGUAAAGUUUUCAAAGAGCGUUUAAUUACUUUCUAUCAACGAAUAACUUGGUGGAAGGUUCGAGUUUAUCCAACCUUGACAACACGCACAGAUCAAACUGAAUUAGCAACAGUUAUUUUGAAAGAAAACAUUGCAUUGCCACCAAUGAGUUAA